AUGUCCUCGGAAGAGAUAGUGGAAGUAUUAAAAGAUAUGAUGAACAACAAAGAUCCAGGACCAUCGGAGAUUACAGCUAAACAUCUCAAAAAUCUAGACGAAGAAGGGAAGUCAUGUAUGGGUGUCUACGGGAAAAAAGGAACACCGGAGAAGCUGGUAAGGCUAGUAGAAGCAACAUACAGGAAUGCUACUACCAAGGUUGUGGCACAACAAGGAGACACUGAUGAAUUUGAAAUUACAGUUGGAGUCCAUCAAGGUUCGGCACCAAGCCCAGUCUUAUUCAUCAACAUCAUGGAUACCAUGCUAGAAGAUAGAAAACAAGUGACCAUAACAGACAACAAGAAUAUCGAACUUAAACAGACAGAUUCCUUCAAAAAUCUUGGAACGGAAAUAGCUAAAAAUGGUAGAUCAGCCGAAGCCAUAAAACAAAGAGUCAAGUCAGGAUGGAAUAAAUGGAGGGAAGUCACUGGUGUCAUCUGUGACAAGAAAAUUCUAAGGAAACUAAAAUGCAAAAUUUAUAAAGCUGCAAUUAGACCAGUGCUUAUUUACGGAGCAGAGUGUUGGACUGUCACCAAAAAAGAGGACGCUCUACUAAGAUGA